AUGGCCGAUUCCGUCAAACAGCUGAAGGUGAAAGCCGGCGUGGUGAAGCGUUUCGUCAAGGACUACAAUUAUUACACGAAAGAGGUGGCGAGAGAGGAGGAACGCAUCGCGAAGCUCAGCUCCGAUCCCGAGCAAGAGGAUUUCGAGUACAAGCUGAAGAAAGCGAACGAGGUGCUACAAGAAUCGCGUAGCAUGAUCGGUGAUACGAGUCGACGUCUACUCACGGCCACCGAUGAUCUCAAAAAUGUGAUCACCGAGGGAGCGUUCGCCGAGGAUUUACCGGAACUCGUCGACGCUCGUGCUCAACUCGACGCCGCCGAGAAGAUUCCCGCC